UGCUUUUGAGUUGGAAAAUGUUGGAGCUGAGGCUGGUCCAAGGAGGUCUCCUGAAGAAGGUUCUGGAUUCGCUCAAGGACCUCGUGAACGAUGCCAACUUCGACUGCUCGGCGACGGGCUUCUCUCUGCAAGCAAUGGAUUCCAGCCACGUCGCUUUGGUGGCGCUUCUUCUCCGAUCGGAGGGCUUCGAGCACUACCGGUGCGACCGCAAUCUCUCGCUUGGAAUGAACCUCAGCAACAUGGCCAAGAUGUUAAAAUGCGCCGGCAACGACGACAUCGUCACCAUCAAGGCCGACGACGCUGCUGACUCCGUCACCUUCAUGUUCGAAAGCCCUAAUCAAGAUAAGAUUGCUGAUUUUGAUAUGAAGUUGAUGGACAUCGACAGUGAGCAUCUUGGGAUUCCAGAGGCGGAGUUUCAGGCCAUUGUUAGGAUGCCGUCGGCUGAGUUUGCACGAAUUUGCAAGGAUCUUAGCACCAUUGGUGAUACAGUUGUGAUAUCUGUGACCAAGGAAGGGGUAAAGUUCUCUACAAGAGGUGAUAUUGGAACCGCUAAUAUUGUUUGCCGGCACAAUACUUCUGUGGACAAGCCUGAAGAAGCAACCAUUAUAGAGAUGGAAGAGACGGUCAGUUUGACCUUUGCAUUGAGGUAUAUGAAUUCAUUCACAAAGGCAACCCCACUGGCGAACCAAGUGACGAUCAGCUUGUCUUCCGACUUACCAGUUGUGGUUGAGUACAAAGUUGCAGAGAUGGGUCACAUAAGGUUUUACUUGGCUCCCAAGAUAGAAGAAGAGGAGGAGAUUGAAGCUCAAAGAGAGACCAGGCCUCAAGUGGAAACCAAGCCAAAAACCAAACCCAAGACAGAGAUCGAGCCACCUAUAGACGAUAUCAAGCCUAAGGUUGAACAUGUCUCAGAUAUUAAGCCGAAAUUGGAGAUAAAGAAACCUAAAGAGGAAAUUGAAGCCAGUGGUGAAAGCAAACCUCAAGUGGAUGCCAAAGCUGAAAUAGAAGUAAUGGAUGUUGAGUAAUUUCACUUUUUAACCUUAGCAAACUGAUGGGGAAACGUUUCACUAGUUUAGUGUUUUUUACUUCACAUUUUGUCAUGUAGGGAUUAUACAAUCCUUGCUUCCAUUUGUGUGAUUUUGCCUACUAAAUUGUUGAUUGAAAGAAACGCGACUGUAAUUGCAGAGUUUUAAGCUACUACCACUUAGCAACUAGAAUAUAGUAAUGCAGUUAUUGAGAAAUUUGUCAAGCUUUUAAGUUUUCGCAUACCUCUAAAGCUGUUGUGAAAUCACUUCUAGUAAUUGAAAAGAAGC